CGCGUCUGUUUCUCCUCUCUGCCAAAAAACUUGGAGAGAUUAUUGUUGAACAAAGCUUGACGGACUUGACUUGAAGUGUUUUGCGCUUCCUGUAGAGGACAAUGUUCUCCACACCCGCCGUCCCUCAACUAAUUGGAGUCGUAUAGAUCAGACAAUUGGAACCAGUUCUGGUCGGCUUCUGAAUCCAGGAGUGUGAGUCUUCAGUUGAAACUGCUCGGCUUCAGGAAGUGAAGGUGUGUCAGACCAAGAUGAGGGUUUGCAACAGGGGCAUGAUGAUGCUUCUGACCACAGCGGGGGCUUUCUGUGCAUUCAGCCUCAUGACCAUCGCAGUGGGCACAGACUACUGGCUCUACUCCCGCGGGAUGUGCCGCUCCAAGAACCUGAACGACAAUGAGACCGUCCACAAAAACGAGGAGGUUCUGACUCACUCGGGACUUUGGAGGACCUGUUGCACCGAGGGGAUAUUUCGAGGUGUUUGUAAAGACAUUGAUCACUUUCCUGAUGACGCAGACUACGAGCAGGAUGCUGCAGAGUAUUUACUACGGGCAGUUCGAGCCUCCAGCCUCUUCCCAAUACUCAGCGUGGGACUUCUUUUUCUUGGGGGUUUGUGUGUAGCUGCCAGUGAGUUCUACAAGUCUCGCUACAAUGUCAUUCUGACAGCUGGUAUUCUCUUUGUCUCUGCAGGUCUCAGUAACAUCAUUGGCAUCAUUGUGUACAUAUCAGCCAACUCUGGGGACCCCAGUCAGAGCGACAAUAAGAAGAGCUACUCCUACGGUUGGUCGUUUUAUUUUGGAGCUCUGUCUUUUGUGCUGGCCGAGAUGGUGGGCGUCCUGGCCGUACAUGUAUUUAUAGAAAAGCACAGGCAGCUUCGCACCAAAGGCCGGCCCUCGCUCAUGAAGCCUCCAGUCUCCCGAAACUCUUCAUCAUACCGCAACCGCUACUACUACAACCGCAGCAGACGCUACAGCUACCGCAGCAAUCACAGCACAGCAGACUCAACCUGCCAUGGUUACCAAACAUCACUAGUACGAGACCAGGAGCCAAGCAUCUCAGCUGAAUCUAAAGUCACCAUGGUGGCUGGUCUGCCUAUCCCAAAGACGAUGGGCUCAGAAUUUAUGCUGUAUGCCUUAGCUUCACCGCUAAACAAGAAUAAGGUUGACUUGGGGGUUGAGGACUUGACCACUGCAGCCCUUCACAACACCGACAUACUGCUGGGAAACUGUGUGUCCAAUCGAAGAACCACUCCGGUCUGAGCAACACAGGGUUGAUAAUGAGUAAAAGACAGUCAUCUCUUGGACCUCUCAACGCAAGCAGAGUGCAGACUUUUUUGUUGAUCAAAUAUUUACUGCAGACCGGAUCUUAUUUUCCUUUGAUUUCUAACAGUAAAGCAGUCAACAAGA